CUGUCCUUCAAUCCGAUAUCCAUUCAAUCUGCAUCCACUGUACUUGUGCAUUUAUCCGUUUUUCCUAUACCGAUAUACGCCGUGUUGAUGAUGGGCGCCUCCGCACCCCAUCCUUCUCAGAGACGUUUCUCCUGCGACGUCUGCAGGAAGAGCAAAUCUCGGUGUCAGCGAAUAAGACCUGGUGAUGAGAAAUGCGCGAGAUGUACUAUGCUGGGUGUACAUUGUGCUAUAGGCCAGCAGAAAGUCCCAGGGCGACCGCGACGAAAGCAACCUGCUAAAGGUUCAACACCAAAUGUCCAACAUCUACCUGUCAAUGCACCGAAUCGAUCAGUUUCUCCUCCGCUGCGACAAAAUGCUUCUUUCAUGGAUGAUUGGAGUCCGUUUGAGUGGACUGGCAUGUUAUCUCCGAGGCCGUCCCCUCCAGAGAUGCCUACCACGACGAUACAAGAUGUAAAUGCAGCAUCGUGGAGUUUGGGAUUCACAGACAUCUUUGAUCAGUCAAAUACAUCGUGGAACACAGCCGGCGAUCUGGACUACACCAAUACUCCAUUAUAUACCGAUCUGGACCUCAGCACUAGCCAAUACACAACCUGCAUGUCCCCAACACUGGCAAUAAACGAUAACUUCUCCCUUCUGAGCAAUUGCUUAACUACACAUCACCCACGAAACACCGAGCCUGGCGACUUUAUGCCCGACCUGUCUACGAUAAACCUCGGUCUUCACGUUCGUCUCGAAGCUAUAAAGAAGAACAAAGCGUCCCUCGAUUUUGAUAUCAUGAUCUAUCAACACGGUCCUUUGUAUAUCGACGACAUCACCUUGGCAGAAUAUGUCAUCAAAGUCGCUCAAGAGUUUCUCUUCAUCUUGACAAAGCUCUACAAUACUCGACAUUGCCCUGAACUCUUAUGUGAUUCACAACCGAUGGAGUUACUCUAUCCAUGUCAUCUGUCGUCGCAACUUCGAAAGCAGUCAAAGAAUCUAUUUCAGGUUUCAUUACCCCAGCCUACCGUCACGUCAGAACCACUACCUACCCCAAUUGCGUUGAUGAUCACAAGUAUCUUCAUCCAACUCAUCACCAUCUACGAGCUUAUACUCGAUAACAUCGCCACACGCGUCGAACGAAUCGCCAUUGACCCUAUCGAUCCUGUUCCAGGUCUUUUAGUCUGCGGCCGACCUCUUGAGAAACCUUGUACUCAGGGAAUGAUCUUUUGUGAAGUCUCAGUGAGUCUGAUUGAGAAUAUCGAGCGUGUGUUGGGUGUUGGGAGGAUACUAGCUGGCAAGGAAGUCGGUUUGUUGUCACCUAGGCAAGUAGAGGUUCUUGGGAAAGAGUUGGAUGAAAGACGUCGGGUUAUUCCUGAGCAUGCCAUGAUGACGCCUGCUACGUUACGGAAGCUGUUUGGAAAGGUGGCGGAUAUUUUUAGAAGUAUUAGAUCGUAG